AGAGCAACUCAAGGACUCGACCAUCAGCCUCACUUGAAUUGACCACACAACACCAUUAAAAGGGCCCUAUUGUUCAAGCUGAAUUUUCCCUGAAAUUUACACUCUCUACCCACGACCCAAACCUUCCCGAUAAAAUCAGUCAAGAUGGACGGGCUCACAAAUGCCGAACAGAGAGAGUUUCAAUCUCGCAUGGAGCGAAAGCAGAUGAAGGAGUUUAUGGGCAUGUUCUCCAACCUCGUAUCUCACUGCUUCGAUUCCUGCAUCGAUGACUUCACCACCAAGUCGCUAGUUCAGCGCGAGACUGGCUGUGUUUCUCGAUGUGUACAGAAGUUCAUGGCGGGUAGUGAGAGGAUCGGCCAGAGAUUCCAAGAACAACAAGCUCAGAUGAUGAACCAACCCCCUCCAGGCAGUCGAUAA